UCCGUUUCUCCUCGGUUCUUCUCUCUUGCUGAAUUUGGUCGUGACCACGCACGCCAAUGCGAACAGCGUCGCAACCGUCAUUUUGUUGUCAUUGUAGUGUCUCGCCGAUGCCCACCGCGCGCCCCCGCGCGCUCGCUCAUGGCUGAAUACGGAUGCUACCAGGUGAAUGUGGGCGAGGAUGAAAGCAGGUACCCGGCUAUGUCUCGAAGCACAAAACCGUCGCCACGCACCGGCUCACUUGGCGGCUCGACGGCAAGGUCCGCAGAGAUGCAUGGCGCAUCAGGCUCUCGCGCUAGCGCAGCACGUGAGGGCUGCGUUAUGCUUCUCGUCCUCUGCGCUGCGGCCUCCUGCCUUCUAGAUCUGGUCGGCCUGCUCCAAGGCUUGCCGCUAGCAUGGGUUCUGGUCAACUCUCGCCGCUGGCUCCCUCGCGAAUCGCAAGGCCAGGCAAGAUGCAAUCCGCGGCCCGGGUUCAAUACGCACGGCCCCGGUGUGGCUGCCGGCCUGUGGCACGCUCCUGCCGGCUCUGCCUAGGUGCCUCUUAUGCUGAGCCACUCGAGCCACUUUGGAAGCUCAGACCUUCAG